AUGGGCAAGAAGCCCCACCCCCUGGCAGCCCGCAUCAAGCGGGUUAUGCAAGCAGACGACGAAGUCGGGAAGAUUGCGCAGGCCACUCCCUUCCUGAUGGAACGGGCGCUCGAGCUGUUUCUUCAGCACCUGUGUGAGCGGGCGUCGGACGUUGCGCAGCAGCGGGGCGCCAAGACCGUGACACCGAGCCACCUGAAGCAUGUGGUGAACUCGGAUCAGCUGCUGGACUUCCUGAAGGAUGCGCUGGCGUCGGCCGCAGAUCUGGCGGAGGGUGUCAGCGAGGCGCCCAAGCCAAAGCGCCAGAGGGCUGAGAAGAAGGAACCUCGGGAGCCCAAGGCUGCCAAGACGGGGCGCGAAGCAGCUGAGGGCGCAGGCACAGGCGCUGAGGGCGAUGCAUUGCAAGAGUCGGUGGCGGACGUGACGGCAGCAGAGGCGGCACGUAUUGCAUCCGGCCCCAGCCCCUUUGCGCUGGCCGAUGCUCAGGCAGGGGCGCCUGUUGGCGAAUUGCUGGCAGCAGAGGCCCUAGCGACUUACGGGGGAGCUCAAGAGCAGGAGUAUGACGACGACUAUGACUGA